UGCAAUAUGUUCAAACAAGAAGAAGAUUCAAUAAUUGGUGAACUUCAAAGUACUCACCAGCUAUGAAAUUAUUCAUCAUCUUCUCCAUUACCUGUUGUUCCCUCCUCUCUUUCUCCAGUGGACGGUCAGUUCCCAAUGACGACGCCGACAACAACAACAACGGGCGAAUUCCUCCAGUUCGAGCAGUUAAUCUCGGAGGCUGGCUUGUUACAGAAGGUUGGAUCAAACCAUCCCUUUUUGACGGCAUCAUCAACAACGAUUUCUUGGAUGGAACAGGUCUGCAGUUCAAAUCAGUUACAGUGGGAAAGUAUUUGUGUGCUGAAACUGGAGGAGGAACCAUCAUAGUUGCAAACAGAACAAGUGCUUCCGGCUGGGAAACAUUCAGAUUAUGGAGGAUCAACGAGACGACCUUCAACUUCAGGGUUUUCGAUGGACGGUUUGUGGGAUUAAGCACUGCUGGAAAUGGGAUAGAUAUAGUAGCUGAAGCAGAGAGACCUGAUGCAACAGAGACAUUCCAAAUUCAGAGAAAUCCUGAUGAUUUAAACCGUGUACGAAUCAAAGCCCCCAAUGGGUUCUUCCUCCAGGUGAAGACGGAGGAAUUGGUGAGUGCAGAUUAUGAAGAAAAUGGAGGAUGGGGAGACGAUGAUCCUUCUGUUUUUCUACUCACAAUGAGCGGAAGAUUGCAAGGUGAAUAUCAAGUCACUAAUGGCUAUGGUCCUCUCGUUGCUCCCCAAGUAAUGAAGGAACACUGGAGCACAUUUAUAGUGGAGGAGGACUUCAAAUUCAUAAAGGAGAAUGGGCUGAAUGCUGUGAGAAUUCCAGUAGGGUGGUGGAUAGCCAGUGAUCCUUCUCCCCCCAAACCCUAUGUUCCUGGAUCCUUGCAGGCUCUUGACAAUGCUUUCUCUUGGGCUGAAAAAUAUGGGAUUAAGGUUAUUAUCGACCUACACGCCGCACCCGGUUCGCAAAAUGGUUGGGAGCACAGCUCUUCUAGAGAUGGUUCACAAGAAUGGGGACGGACUGACGACAACAUUCAGCAAACUGUCAAUGUGAUUGACUUUUUAACUGCUCGGUAUGCCAAGAGCCCAAGUUUAUUCGCGGUGGAACUGAUAAACGAGCCACUUUCACCCGGAGUGUCUUUAGACAACCUAACCAAGUACUACCAAGCCGGAUACGAUGUUGUUCGGAAGCACUCGGCAACAGCGUACGUCGUGCUGUCGAAUCGAUUAGGGCCUAGUGAGCCGACGGAACUUUUUGGGCUUGCGAAUAGGUUAAGGAGAUCAGUCAUUGAUGUGCAUUACUAUAAUCUUUUCUCCAGUAUCUUCGACAGCUUCACCGUCCAACAAAACAUUGAUUAUGUCUACAACAACCGGUCCGCACAGGUUAAUCAGCUCACGACAUCCAACGGCCCUCUUAUUUUUGUCGGGGAAUGGGUGGCGGAGUGGCAAGUUAGCAAUGCGAGGAAGGAGGAUUACCAAAGGUACGCGGCGGCGCAGCUGGAGGUGUUCGGCCGCGCGUCGUUCGGGUGGGCGUACUGGACUCUAAAGAAUGUCAACAAUCACUGGAGUUUGGAAUGGAUGAUUGAGAAUGGAUAUAUCAAGCUUUGAUAUAUCAUUCAUACUUAUUAAUUUUUUUCUUGGUAAUUAUAAUAAAUCUGCAUAGAGUUGAUAGUCAUAAUAUCCAGUUAUUGGAACUGAAAUAAUAAUAUUAUUGGUUGAAUA